UACAAAACGCGCGUACACAUCUCUCAUUUUCUCUCCCGCUCUCUCUCUGUGCCUGAUCGAUGCUGUGAGUUCCUCCUCUCUGUGGUUGUGUGUGUGUGUGUGUGGGGUUGGACACAGGAUUCUCAGUGCUUUCCUCUCAGUCAGACACACACAGACGCAGCAGCUAUGAGCGAAGGCGAUGUGGUGUGCACAGGAUGGCUCAUAAAAUCCCCUCCGGAGAAGAAGCUAAAAAGAUUUUCAUGGCGAAAGCGAUGGUUUGUUUUGCGGAGGGGUCGGAUGAGCGGGGAUCCUGAUGUUUUGGAAUACUACCGAAGCAAGAGCUCCCGUAAACCCAUCAGAAUCAUUGACCUUCAAGAAUGUGAAGUAACCAUUGAGGCAGAGGUGCGGCCCACAAAACGACAGUAUCAGAAUCAGCACUUAUUUGUGGUCAAAACCGCCACACGCAUCUUUUACCUGCUGGCUAAAACAGCAGAGGAAAUGAACAGUUGGGUGCAGAAUAUCGGACAGAUUUGUACGUUUGGAGGACUGGACAGACAUUCAGAAUCAAUGGACAGUCUUAAUCGCACCCCCUCUUCCCAGCAGCCUUCUCCAGCACUCUCUCCUCACGUUUCUCUCGUGGCCAAUCAGGGCACAGUUACCGUCGACAACCACGCAGUCCAAGAAGACCGGCCCAGCGAAUCAGAGAUCAGCCCUCCACUUGACUACCUCUUCCUCUCUCAAUGCGAGACCGGCACGAAGAGCAUCGUCAGGAGUGACAGCGUCUCUAAUUCAGAACGUUCCUUCGAGCAUAGCUCGAUUGAGUACACAGAGGAUGUGUUCAGCCCCGCCUCACGCAUUGACUCCUCCCCCUCUUCGUUCCAUUUGGGCGGGGCGUCCGAGCCACCCUUAAGCGCCCCCUUUGGCCCUCUCUCUUUCUCCGUCUCCUCUUCCCUCUCUUCCUGUCUAUCCUCUCCUGUUUCUUUACGGAGGCCGCCUGACGUUUUCAGAUUCGACCGGCCCUUUUGCAUUACAUCAGACCCACAGACACCUCCUCCCCUCCCGCCCAAACCUACACACCUGUCUGAUAAUCACGCUAAUGACGAUACGGUGCGUAAUCCGGCACAACCAGCUCUCCUCCCUCGCAGGACGUCGCUGUCGGGAAUAGAACAUUUUCGGAGAGGAGAGUAUGACAAUACUGGAAGAAACUGGAACAAGCGAUUGAGUCUCAACUUGCCUGUGUUUCUGAAUAAUGCAGUUACUGAAAACCACUCCGAAGAUUCGUAUGUGCCCAUGGCCUCUCCACCAGUCAGCUGCUCUGAUGUUGCUUCAGACGGCUACAUACCCAUGAGCCCCUCCUCCCUGCCGGUCUCCUUACUGACCAACGGAAAACCAGAGCUGCCCUCGCCUUCAAAUCCUGACCUAGAGCCCCCUCCAGUCGACCGCAACCUGAAACCCAAAAUUCGGGCCCGUCCGCCACCCUUAGACCUCCGGGGUUUGUCCACCAUCUCCGAAUGUCCAUUCCACGUCCCUCUCACACGCGCCAUGACAGACCCCAGCACAUCACUUCAGUGUGUUCCUUUGGACAGGCGGCGGGGGUGGGGCCUAAACGGCCUCGAACAGGAAGAGAGCCUUACGCCAACGGAUACACAGCUGAUGUUGUUCCCAUCUUGUGACUCCGCCCCUUGGAUAAGACGUCCCCAGCUAGAUUACCUAUCACUUGACUUCAACUCCGCCUCGCCUUCACCUGUCCAGAAGAAGCCGCUGCUGGCUGAUGAGUACCGGGUAGAUUACGUGCAGGUAGACGAGAAGAAAACACAGGCUUUACAGAACACCAAAAUGGAGUGGAAGGACGUUCGUCAGUCAAAAGCCUAAAGCUUUCUGGGAAAAAAACAAUCAAUUUAAAUUAUUAACAUGGUUCAGAACUUGACUUGUUGUCAUCUGCAAUUUCAGGUACUUUUUGGUCUUUUACAUCUGCUGUGAAUGGAAUGUUGUAUUAGCCAGUAAGAGCUGCACAUGAAAGCUCCAGAAAUAAAAUGGCAGACUAUUCAGGAAAUUAUUCCAGAAUAAAAGACCUCCAAUGCAACGCUAGACCUGAGAUCCGUCAACGGUAGUAGGACGAUAAAAUCGAACCCUUGCUAAUUGCCUCAAUGAUCUAAAAUAUUUUGUGGAUGUUUUUCACUUCUAAAAGACUUUUAUCCUAGAAAAUUUAACAUUUAAAAGCACUUCCUGGAACAUUUGUUCUGAAGUAGUUUCCUGAAUAUAACGGCACAUUGUCUUACAUCGUCGAUGUUUGUUACACAGAUGACACGUUGCCUCUUUAAAUUCUGAAAUAAUAUUUUCAAGCGUGUUAUGAUGUCUUUAUGUGGAUAUUAUGAAUGUUACAUAUUUAUGAUGUGUACAAUCACUGAAUAGUAUCAAAGAAAAAUAUAACACCAAUUGCACUGGUUUAAACACCCCGAAGAUCAUGUUUGACAUGGACUUGUUAUGCUGAGAGUUGGACCACUGGAACCAAACACUGUGAUCGGACGCCGGAACAAAGGUUCAAUAAGAAGGAUGUCUGAACACUGAAGGAAAUUUUUGUCGAAGGGAAUUGUGUCUUAAGAGACCUGCAUUGUCUUUUUCAAGAUGUUGAAUGAAUAUUGAAUGUUGAAUAUGUUAGACUAUUGUCUUAUUAUUGACCUUCAUUAUUGAAGGUUUGUCAACAAUAUUAUCUGAAUGUAUUUGACUGGUUCACCAUGACGAGGCAUUACGAAUGUAUUUUUGGUUUGUAGAAUUGUGUACUACUGUACCGCAAGAGCACAAAGAUCUCAUGGGAAACUAUCACUGUGACAUCGUCAGUCUUUUUCCGGAUAUACAUCAGUGUUGCUUUAUGUCUCAUAAAGUAAUAGAGUGAGCGAGCAGGGGGGAUUUUUGAAAUGUAGAGACCUUACUAACCUGUGUGAAUCACUUGAUAUCUGUACAUCAGCAGGUCAAUUAUUGUGAUGCAUAUUGAACAGAACGUAAUAAAUGAAUUCAGCAGUUCAGCUCAAUAAAAGAAAAAAGAAAGUACAAAAACUCAA